AAAGUCACGGUGACACCGCCAAAGAUUUGGGGAUGAAAUGUCGCCAUUGCAGCGAUAUCUCACUUUUUGAAACUCGGCAUCCCACAAACCGAGCUGCACGAACAUGGCAAAGGGCGAGUCAACCCGCGAAAAGCCUUCUGUGCUGUUCGUCUGCCUAGGCAACAUUUGCCGGAGUCCAAUGGCGGAAGCCGUGUUCAAACAUGUUGUAAAGGAAAAAGGUCUCGAAGAAAGGUUUGGUGCGAUAAAUAGUGCAGGCACAGCUGGAUAUCACGUAGGGGAAAAGCCAGACCCACGCUCGACUGCUACCUGCGUCAACCAUGGUGUGCCAGUUCAUCAUUUUGCGCAGCAAGUGUCAAAGAACCAUUUCAGAGACUUUGACUGGAUCCUUUGCAUGGAUGAGAGCAAUCUGGCGGAUUUGAAGAGGAAACAACCUCCAGGGUCUACCUCGAAAGUCCAGUUGUUUGGCGAUUUUGAUCCUAAAGGCGACAAGAUCAUCAAAGACCCCUAUUACGGUGGGAUAGACGGCUUUGAAUACAACUACAAGCAGGUCGUGAGAUGUUCCGAAGGAUUUUUGAAGCAUCUGGAAAUGAUCUAGAGGCCAUGGCUAUUAUUUAUUGCGGGUUGAAGAGCUGCUCGCUUGCCGUGGUGUAGAGAGGAGAUGGAAGAUUGUUGCGGACCUAUUUGGAGUUUAGAUGUGACAUUCAUUAUUUAUAUGUCAAAUAUGGGGUUUGGUGAAGAAGAAAAAAUGGAAAUGUAUAUAGAACUAUUCCAUCGUAUCUAAAAAUGACGAGCUUUAAUGUCGCGAUAUGGCAUGCUCAUUGCUCCCAAGCGUCCUCUGGAAACAAA